AUGGCCAAAGUGGUAAAGGGAAUGGCCGAUUUUCUGCCAUCAUCCUUUUCGACGAAUUGCUACCGUAAAAUUGUUCGGGUUGGAGAACAUGUUUGCAAGACUUUUGAUUAUCAAUUUAUGCAAACUCCAAUCGUGGAAGAGAGAAAACUUUUUGAGAGAACGCUCGGAACUGAUACAGAUAUCAUUUCAAAGGAAAUGUUUUUAUUGGCGGCAAGGGAUCCAUCGGAAGGAAAUAAAUUAUGUCUGAGACCUGAAAAUACAGCCUCCGUAAUGAGGAGUAUUAUUGAGAAUAGCCUGUCGUAUAAACAACGUAUUUAUUAUUAUGGACCAAUGUUUAGAUAUGAAAGACCCCAGAAAGGUAGACAACGACAAUUUCAUCAAUUUGGAGUAGAAUGUUUAGGAUCAGAUCAUUACCAAUCGGACUUGGAGUCAUUGGAAUUAGCUUUUCAAUUUUUGAGUGGAGUUUUGGAUGGCAGAACUGACUUGUUCACACUAGAAAUUAAUAGUAUUGGAACUUUAGAGGAGAGAGAGGCUUACCAAAUCGAAUUAUUGAAAUUUAUUCGUAAUAAUUUGGAUUUAUUCUUUAGAGAGGUCGAAAAAUCGUCGUCAAAGCAUCCUUCUUCGCAAGAAGAGAGCACCAAAAAAGUUUUUGCGUUCUCCCAAGACACGAGGGAUCGUAUUGAUAUGGCCAUAAAAGAAAAUAAUCCAAGAAGAGUGUGGAGAAUUCUGGAUUCAAAACAAGAUGAGGCUCUCAUUGAGGAUGCCAUUAAAAAUCAUGGAAUGCCUCAAUUACAACAGUUUCAAAGUGAACAAAACAGAGUAAGAUUUGAAAAUGUUCUGAAAGGCCUCUCGUGGUUAAAUAUACCUUAUGAGAUCAACCCUUCAUUGAUAAGAGGACUUGAUUAUUAUACCCACACGACUUUCGAAUUUAAGAGUACAAAUAUUGGAGCCAAAUCAACAAUUUUAGCUGGAGGGAGAUACGACACUCUUGCAAAACAAUUGGGUUCUCCAAACACCAUCCCAGCAGUAGGAUGGGCAAGCGGUAUUGAAAGGCUUACCAUUCUCAUGGAAGAAAUUGAAAAAAACAAAACUCAACCAACCUCUCAAUUCCUUCCAAAAGUUUUCAUUGCUGUCAUUCGUGGAAUGGAAAGCACCACUGGAGUUACGGAAGACGAUUUGGCACGAUUCGCAUUGAAUAUUUCAAAACAACUUCGUUCUCAGGGUUUUACUGUGAACUAUUUGGAGAAGAGCAACUUAUCCAAACAAUUGAAACAUGCUCAAUCAAACAAGUGCCUGUUAAGCUGCAUCAUUGGAGAUGAGGAGUUUGUGAAACAGCAGGUUCUAUUGAAAAAUCUGGAAACUGGAGCACAACAACACGUCUCUCUAGAACACCUUGGCAAUGAGAUAAGCACAAUUUUUUCGAAGACUUUCUGA